GGCGCCGGCUUGCCCUUUCCACUCUCCCCACUCGCUCUCCGCCCUGCCUGGCCCGACCAAGUGGCCCCUGGUGGGCAGCCUCUUCGACAUCCUGCGGAAAGGUGGCCUCAAGAAGCAGCACGAGACGCUGGUUGAUUACCACCACAAGUUUGGCAAGAUCUUCCGCAUGAAACUGGGCGCCUUUGACUCGGUGCACAUCGGCGCACCCUGCUUGCUCGAGGCUCUCUAUAGGAAAGAAAGCACCUACCCGCAGCGCCUGGAGAUCAAGCCCUGGAAAGCCUACCGGGACUACAGGGGCGAGGGCUACGGACUGCUCAUCCUAGAAGGGAAGGACUGGCAGAGAGUAAGAAGCGCUUUUCAGCAGAAGUUAAUGAAGCCCACAGAGAUUGUGAAGCUGGAUUCCAAAAUCAACGAGGUUUUAGCAGAUUUCAUGGAUCGAAUAGACACACUUUGCAACAAGAAUGGAGAAAUAGAAGAUUUGUAUUCUGAACUGAACAAGUGGUCAUUUGAAAGCAUGUGUCUGGUGCUGUACGGGAAGAGGUUCGGGCUCCUGCAACAGAAUGUGGGAGAUGAAGGCUUGAACUUUAUCAAGGCCGUCAAGACGAUGAUGAGCAGUUUUGGAAUGAUGAUGGUGACUCCAGUUGAGCUCCACAAAAGUCUAAAUACAAAAGUCUGGCAGGCUCACACAAAGGCAUGGGAUCAUAUCUUCAAGACAGCAAAGCGUUCCAUCAACAGCAGGCUGAAGAAAUACUCUGCCAACCCCAGCGAAGAUUUCCUUUGUGACAUUUAUUUUGGGAGCCGGCUUUCAAAGAAAGAGUUGUACGCAGCCAUCACAGAGUUUCAGAUUGCAGGAGUGGAAACGACUGCCAACAGUUUGCUCUGGGCUCUCUAUAACAUCUCACGCAACCCACACGUCCAGGAGAAACUGCUUGAGGAAAUACAGAGUGUGCUUGGGGCUGGAGAGAGCCCAAGCGCUGAACACUUGAAGAAAAUGUCCUAUUUGAAGUCCUGUCUGAAGGAAUCUAUGAGGCUGACUCCCUCUGUGCCAUUUACCAGUCGGACCCUUGAUAAAGAAACAACCCUUGGAGACUGUGUGCUUCCUAAAGGGACAGUGUUGAUGCUAAAUAGCCACAUCCUAGGAUGCAGCGAAGAAAACUUUAGUGACUGGACUCAGUUCAAACCCGAACGUUGGCUGCAGAAGAACAUAAACCCUUUCGCUCACAUUCCUUUUGGCAUUGGGAAGCGGAUGUGCAUCGGACGCCGCUUGGCUGAGCUGCAGCUUCACUUGGCUCUUUUCUGGGUUGUACGGAAGUACCAGGUUAUUGCAACCGAUGACAAGCCAGUAGAAACCCUGCACUCCGGACUCCUGAUACCCAACCGUGAAAUCCCUGUUGCAUUCAGAAUACGAUCAGAUACAGUGAAAAGGAAACAGUAGAACAUUUGCCAGCUGUUUCUUUUUCUGAAGAUGACAACCGUGAAUGCCUGGAGUCCCAGCUCCUGCCAUCUCAUUGAGGAAAUGGCAGCCUGUAGGCAUAUACUGAGCAAUGCCAAUGGCAGGACCAGCCAGAAUUUGUUCUGCCUUUGCUUAGAGGGGCAAGUCUCUCUGAUGGCUGGAAGCUCACCUGAGCGGUUCUUGGAGCACUAAAGUGAAACUUGAGCUAGAGCCCCGCUUGUUUGUGUUUUUAAAAGGAUGAAAUGGAAGAAUGACAAAGGCUGAAAGGCUCAAGAAAUCUCUUCAGGCCUGACAGAAAUCCUGUACUGUUCAGCUGCCAGCACAAAAUCCACUGGUCUGCUUAGUUUACUGUUUUGGUAGGGGAGUGUCACCUUCUCAGAAAUGGAUGCAAUGAUAUUGUCAGAUCAGGGAUGAGAAUGUGGGAGGAGAACCUUGUUUUCUCUCUUCUAAAAUUCUUAACAUUUUUAACAUUCUGUAAGGAUUUUAAUUAGCUGCAGGACCAGCUGCUUGUUUUGAUUUGCUUGUUUUCCACUUUUAAGUUGAUUAAAAGAAGCCUUCCAAGAGAGUUGCAGGGUUGAUUAUUAUGGAGGGGAGGCAAACAGCAGCAUUCCCACACGCUCAUGAGAGCCCUGUCCACCCCCACCCCUCACUUGUGUGUAUAUAGGCAGCACAAAUGGC